AAUUUAUUACUUUCAUGUCGUCGACACCUUCUUCGUCAUUAUCGUCGUCCAAAAAACGUUCUGCACCCGACUCCGACACUGAGAACGCCAAAAAGGUUGCCAAAGUCCAUCCGUUCUUCACCAAAGACAGGUCCUCCGACGCGUCGACGAGCUUAAAACAGGACUCCAUGUUUCAUUGGCUUAAGCCCCUUGGGUCCCACACGACGUGUCUUCAUGCAAUCAACUUGGCGCCAAAAUGUCUUGCCAAGGUCGCGACGUUUGACCUAGAUGGCACGCUCAUAAAGUCCAGCUUCGGCAAGGGUAGUAAAAAGGAGAAAGGGAAUCCGACGCAUUUCGAAUGGUGGAAUGCUACGGUUCCUACAGCUUUGAAAAGGUUGCACCAGGACGGCUUUUCCAUCGUAAUAAUAUCCAACCAGGCUCUCAAGGGCGCUGCUCUCACCGCCUGGAAGCAGAAGAUACCGUCAAUAGCUGCUGCCCUCCCCGAAGUACCAUUUCGAAUGUUCGCUGCCACUGCCAAGGACGAGUACCGCAAGCCCAUGCCUGGGAUGUGGGAUGAGUUGACUAGAAUAUUCGAGGCGGAAGGUGUGACCAUAGACAAGGAGAGCUCUUUCUUUGUAGGCGACGCCGCCGGAAGAAAGUGGAAAGGGUCACAAAAGGAUGUCGCCUGUACUGAUCGCAAAUGGGCACUGAAUGUUGGUCUCCCAUUUCAUACUCCGGAGGAAUACUUCCUAGGACUUCCAGUGCAUACUAAUUUUACCCUAGAUGGAUUCGAUGUGUCAUCUCUACCAACUUUGCCAAUGGUCAUGCCGACAUCCUCGCCAAUACUACCUGAUCCUCCGCUUCAAGAGCUUGUAUUGUUUGUGGGCUAUCCAUGUCUAGGCAAAACCUCCUUCUUCCGUCGACACUUUGAACCUGCUAGCUACGUACAUACAAAUCAAGAUAGUCUCGGAUCUCGUCCGAAAUGUGUUGCCGCCGUGAAAACAGCCCUUGCGGAAGGGAAGAGUUGUGUAGUCGACAACACUAACCGUGAUGUCAAGACAAGAAAAUAUUACAUAGACAUUGCAAAAGAAGCCCGGAUACCAGUCAGGUGCUUCUUGUUCACCGGAUCCAUAGAACUAGCCUGGCACAAUAAUCUAUAUCGCGCUUAUAAUCUCCCUCCGUCUGUGAAAACCAGAGAAGAAACUCGAGAGGCUCUCCCGUACCUGGCUUUCAUCAGCUUUCAGGGUUUCGCGGAAAUCAAGAUGGUGAACUGGGGUUUUGAAGGUACACAAGACGAAGAGAGAUACUGGAAGAUGUGGCUACAAAUUUAA